AUGAUAACCCCGGCCGGCGUCCGCGAGGGGCUGCAGGUGGCCUUUGCCAUCAUCACCCUCUUCUUCCUCUUUGUCACCUUUCUCAUCUACUAUGGCCGCAAAAGGUUUGACAAAAAGGCCGUCUUGCCAAAGGGCCUCCUCCGCGCCAUGGCCGUCGGCCUCGUUGUCGUGCUCUACGUGGCCGAGGUCUGUCUCGUGGCCCUGCGCGGCGGCCCGGUCGCCCAGAACGAGAUCCGCUUCGUGUCGUGCAUCCUCGCCGCCCUCGCUUGGGUUGCCGUCAGCUUUCGGCGCUCCUUCCUGGUCGUCGAAACCUGUGGCCUGUCCCUGAUUACCCUCGUCUUCGGCAUCCCGCUCCUCGUGGUCGAAGCCGUCUAUCAAAAGGCCCUGGGCCCGGUUCCGGCGCAUCAUUAUGCACUGUUGGGCGUCCAGGCCGCCCGGUUGCUUGUCCUCGUUGUCCUGUUGCUGGACGGCAGCUGCAGGAUGUGUGCGCGCAGAAAGAAACAAGACGAGUCCGCAGAGGCGAGACCCUUUCUCCGCGACUCCAAUGGCGACGCGGCGGCCAGUCACGUCUCCGACAGCGACAGCGACAGCGACAGCGACUGGACUUCGGACUCGGGCUCCGCCGAUGAGGAUGAGGACGGCGAGCUCAAGGACUCGGAGGCGAGCAAGCUUCGCAGGAGCGGCAGCUGGAUCGUUUACGUGCGCAAGUUCAAGCUCUUUGUGCCGUACCUGAUUCCCAAAAAAGACCACAAGGUCCAGGCUUGCAUCCUGCUUUGCAUUGUCUGCAUGAUUGGCGAUCGCUUCCUCAACAUCAUCGUCCCCCGCCAAAUCGGCAUCAUCACCGACAAGAUUGUCGCCGGAGAGGCGCCGUACCCCGAGCUGGGUCUCUACCUCAUCCUGAGCCUGGCCCAGGGCGACUCGGGCCUGGAGCUGAUUCAGGCACUUGCCAAGAUCCCCGUCGAGCAGUUUUCGUACCGACAAAUCACAAACGCCGCCUUCAACCACGUCAUGAACCUCGGCAUGGACUUCCACUCGGACAGGGACUCGGCCGAGGUCAUGAAGGCCAUUGAGCAGGGUGAGGCGCUCACAAACGUCGUCAAGACGGCCGUCCUCGAGAUCAUGCCCACCAUCUUCGACAUGAUUGUCGCCUUUGUCUUCCUCUACAUCAAGUUCAGCUCCUCCGUCGCUCUCUGCAUGAUGUUUGCCUCGUUGACCUUUCUCGUCGUCGAGGUCGUCUCGUCGACCUGGAACAUUGAAAACCGCCGCCGCGUCACAAAGACGGAGCGGCGCGAGGCCCGCGUUAUGCACCAGGCAGUCCAGGGCUGGCUGACCGUCUCGGCCUUCAACAUGUUUUCGUACGAAAAGUUCCGCUUUGGCGGCGCCGUCGACAAGCACCUCUCGGCCAAGACGGCAUGGAUGAGGCGGGACGCCUUCAUCCAGGCGCUGCUCCAGGCGCUGGUUCCGACGACGUUUGUCAUGCUCGCUGCCCUCGUCAUCCGCCAGAUCCGCGACGGCCACGCGACGGCCGGAGACUUCGUCUUCUUGAUCCAGUACUGGGACUACCUCAUCAUGCCGCUCAAGUUCCUAUCCCACGAGUAUCGCUUCCUCAUGGCCGACCUCAUCGACGCCGAGCGCCUGCUCGACCUGCUCACGGCCGAGGCACACGUUGUCGACAAGGAGGGCGCCUCGGCGCUGGGCGCCGUCGAGGGCCGCGUCGAGUUUGACCACGUCAACUUUUCCUACGACUCCAGGCGCACGGCCAUCCACGAUGUCAGCUUCAGCGUCGCGCCCGGAGAGACGGUGGCCCUCGUCGGAAGCACCGGAUCCGGCAAGUCGUCGCUCAUCAAGCUCCUCAUGCGCUACUACGACGUCACCUCGGGCAGCAUCCGGGUCGACGGCAAGGACAUCCGCGACGUGACCCAGGGCUCCCUCCGCAACGUCCUCGGCGUCGUGCCCCAGGAUCCGCUGCUCUUCAACGCGUCCAUCAUGGAGAAUCUCCGCUACGCCAAGCUCUCGGCAUCCGAUGACGAAGUCAUUGAGGCCUGCCGCGCCGCCGCCAUCCACGACAAGAUUACCAGCUUCCCCGACGGCUACGAAACAAACGUGGGCGAAAACGGCGUCCGGCUGUCGGGCGGCGAGAUCCAGCGCCUGGCCAUUGCGCGCGCAUUUCUCAAGAACCCGCCGAUCCUCAUCCUCGACGAGGCCACCAGCGCCGUCGACACGGAGACGGAGUUCGAGAUCCAGGAGGCUAUCAAGGCGCUGAGCACCAAGCGCACCACCUUUGUCAUUGCCCACCGCCUGUCCACCGUCAUCAAUGCCAACCAGAUCCUCGUCCUCCAAGACGGCCAGGUUGUCGAGCGCGGCACCCACCAUGAGCUCCUCGAAAAGGGCGGCCGGUACCACAGCCUCUGGCACAAGCAGCUCGGCGACUCGUCGAAUGGGUCCGAGGCCGGCGGGGACGAGCCCCUGAUAGACACCUCUGAGUGA